AUGGUUGACGCUGCAGUGAGCUGUAACUUGUGCGGGGUUCCCUACACUUUACCCGAGGGUGAAGUUGUGGGGAGACUGCCUCAUGUGUUGCUCUGCAGUCACAUAUUCUGUGCUGAGUGUCUUCACUCUUUGGAGUCUCCACAAGCCUCUGCCAGUUCUGUCUCCUCCAUCAUCUGCCCUGAAUGCACGAUGAGCACAGACAUUGGUGAGGAGGGGGUGAAUGGAUUGCAGGUGGACAGCAGGAUAAUCGGACUCAUCUACACAGCUAAGAUGAACUCCAAGAGAAGCCCCCGUGGAGUAGUCAAACAUAAAGCGUGCCGAACAAAGAGUUCAGCUACAUCUACACCUGUAGAGACUGCUGAAGCGGGUCCUGACAUGAAGAAAGUUCUUGAUGAAGCUCUAUGUAAAGCAACAGAAAACCUUAAAACCCUUGAUACUCUGCACCAGACGUUAGUUACAGGCAUGCAGGCGCAGCUGAAGAAAGAGAAGACUCGUAUCAUAAAGGAAAUCGAGAACUGUGUGGAUAGGGCAAUCGCCAUAAUACAAAAAAGGCGCAGUGAACUGAUGUCUGAACUCAGCUGUCUGGACCAGCUCUUCCAAGUCAAGCAGGAAGUGUGUCAGAAACUGGUAGUAAAACGCAAGGAGCUUUGCACAGCUAUCCAGAAAGCACGUCAUGUUCGCCAGGUCCCCUUGCUGGAGACUUACUGCCAUCUGGAUGAGAUAUUGGAGACUCUGCAGACCGGAGUAGAUGCUGAGUUGUAUGAUGGAAGCUGUCUGAAUUUUCAAUCAACUCUAAGCUGCAUUCUCAGUUUGGAUUGUCUGAGGGAGAGUGUGCAAAACUGCCUGAAGAUUACAGACAGCCGCACUACGAUUGGGUGUGAGGUGGUGAAGGUGAUGCCUUCAGAUGCAGAGCAGCUCUCUAAGCGACCCGUAAGGAGUGGAGGCUCCGGAGAGGGAAGAAGAGACAAAGGCAGCCACAGAGUUCAUGCUUUUCCCUUCAUAUCUUGGCCCCAACUGAACAGUGCUUCCAGUCCUAACGUCAUUGUGGAGGAGAUCAUUGAGGAGAGGGAAAGUGUUGCAGAGAGAGAUGUAAUAGCGCCGAAGCCCAAACCGAAAGAGAAACCGAAGGUACAGCGGAGGAACUGCAAGCCUCUGCUGGACAGGGCAUCUAACCCCAAGCGCAAAUCCCCCUUUCAUGCUGUUCUUCAAUGGUCAGGACCCCCACAGGACCACCACAGAGCAGCACUGCAUGAGUGGGUUGUGGUAACCCAUGUGAACAAUCCAACACAUUUCUAUGUGAGGUAUGUCACAGAGCAGAAAGCGGGAGUCAUGCUGGCAAGAAAGAUCAGCCACAUCUGCUCUGAUGCGUGUAGCUACUUCACUGUUGAUGACCAAAUCAAGACAGGUGCGCUGGUGUUUGCGAGAUGGAAAGAUGUGUGGUGCAGGGCGGUUGUGCGUGAGUUGUUCCAGAAAGGCUGUCUGGAGUGUGUGAGUCAGUGCUUUGCCUCUGAUGUUGCUUGCAUGCAGGUGUUCUUCCAGGAAUAUGGAUCCUCCAAGGGUUUCACCAUCUCAGGUGAUGGUCUGAGUGGACUGAAUGAGUGUGUGCGGAAAGCUGAUGCCACUGCACAAGCUGAACUGCAUCGCUGGGCUCCACAGGCUAUCAAGUGUUCUCUCAAAGACAUCAUUCCCUCAGACUUGGUGAAAGGUUGGACCAAGGAAGCAUCUGAAGAGAUAAGGUGCAUAAUGGGAUCAAAUGUUGUGGAGAUGCUGGUGCUUGGCGAGGAAAAAGACACUUUGCUGGUGGAUCUGAAAAAAGCAUUGAUGGACAACACCAUAAACGACACUCCGCUUUCUCUAAGAGAACACCUUGUGUUCAUGGAGCUCGCCAGAUUCUAUUCCCCCCAGGUGACUCCUAUAGGUAGUAAACCUCUGCACUUUUAUCCACCUGUGCUUCCCAAACUGAACACGAAGCUGAAUGCUGUGGUAUCCCAUGUUAACACACCAUCAGACUUCUACAUUCAGCUAGUGGACAACAUGGAGUUUCUACUAUUAAACACAAACCUGCAGAACUGUUAUGGGCCUGUAGAUGCUGACAGUGAGCUGCAGAUCUACUCACCAAUUCUGUCCCAGGCCUGUGUCGCACUUUAUGACAAUAAGGAUUGGUGCAGGGCUCAGGUUACAGGUUUUCCUGGUGGGCGAAUGGUGGAAGUCCAGUUUAUAGAUUUUGGCAACAAAGAGACUCUGUCUGUUAAAGACCUUAGACAGAUAAAGGAUGUGUACUUUGCACUUCCUGCCAUGGCAGUGUGGUGUUCUCUGGUAGAUUUUUCAAGUGUAGGAGAAAUGUGGAGUGAUGAGAGCAUUCAUGUGUUCCGUGAACUGACCGAACAGAAGUUGGUCACUGUAGUGGCAAAAAAGCUGGUGGCCCAUUCCAAAGCUAUGCCUGUGUGUCUAUAUGCCAUUGGAAAGAAGUCCACUGAGCGGCUAGCCAGCAUUGGAGAAGUCCUGGUUACAAAAGGCUUAGCCUCUCCAAGCAAACAUUCAGACUGUCCUAAAACUUCACCUGAAGAACCUUCCCCUGAUGAGACGGCAGUCUGGGAUCCACCUUUGGAGGAAACGGCGCUUUGUCUAAAUGAGCCAGAACUCACUGUUGAUUCUUCAGAACAAAAGCCCAAUUUAAUCCUGCCCACCUGCCUUAAGGAUGUCAGAGUUAGGAUCACCCAUGUGACCUCCCCUGGAAACAUCUGUGUCCAGCUACUGCAGUUUGACAGCCAGCUGAAGAGGGUCCAUGACCUGCUGAAGCGUGAGUAUUUGAAGUCUGAGCCGCAAGACAUCGACUGGAAGGUGGAGAUGUUCUGUGCUGCCAAUGUUAAUGGAGUUUGGGAAAGAGGAAAAGUGUGCAGUGUUUCUUCUAGUAAUUUUGCAGAGGUGCUGCGGUGUGACUUUGGUAAUAGAUUAAAACUCCACUACAGUAGCCUAAGACUUCUUCCUGCAGAGCUGGCCGGCUCCUUGCUGCUGGAGUGCUGUCUCAGUGGCAUAAGGCCGGCUGGCGGUUGCUCCACUUGGACGGCGACGGCUUGCGACUUCAUUUCUUUUUACCUCACUGGUGCCACGGCCAUAAUGACCAUUAAGGAGCCUACAUCUGUCCGACCGGUGCCCGUCUUUUUGUUCCGUUCCAACCGAGCAGGCCAGGAUGUCAGCAUGGCAGACUUCCUCAUCAGUGAGGGACUCGCUCUGAGAGAGAGAAGUGCAAAGGCUGCACCAGUGUCCAGCUCAGCCUCUGAUGCUUCUGAAGAACUUGGUCUAUCAUCAGGUGAAACUUCAGCCCUGGAUGAGACUAGACACGAGAAGAAUGAUUCACCAACCCCCUCAUGCAGCUGUCCACCUAAACCUGCACCCCGCAUCACCCCUCCCCCAGAGAGAGUAAAGACACAGGCCUACAUGCCACCAGAGUUUCCACUGUGUGGGCACACCUGCAUGAGCAUCUCUGCUGUGUCAGACGAUGGGAUCAUCUACACCAUGACACCACAAGCUGAGUGUGAGUUUGAGCGCUUGCAGGAGUGUCUGCAGCAGUGCAUUAAGACCUUGCCCCGGCAGAAGCACUAUAACUGGAGGAGUGUGCUUGGUUGUGCUGUCAUGGGCUCUGACAUGCUCUGGUAUCGUGGCCAGGUCCUGGAGGUCAUCGGUGGCCAUGUGAAGGUGCUGUACGUGGAUCAGGGCACAGUGGAGAACAUCCCAGUUUGCCAUGUGUAUCCAAUGGUGCUUUGUGAGAAUGUUCCUCAGCUGUGUGUACCCUGUCAGAUAAACGGAGUAGUUCCAGUAGGGGGUGCGUGGCAGCGGGAUGCAGUGGCUCUUAUGAGGGAGCUUUUGUUUGGCCGCUUGGUCAACGUCCAAGUCAUGGAGGUGCCAGAUGAUCCGAGGGCCCUGGUUACUGUGGAGUUAAUGCUGGAUGGAAUGCCACUAAGCAGAAUCAUGGUGCACAACCAGCAUGCCACCUUUGACCCGGCCGUUGAAAUCCCUGAGGAGUGUGUGGUGAAGCCUCCAGUGCCUGAUUUAGAUGACUGGGAUCUGAACACAGAGGGCUUGGAUGAGCCCCAGACCAUGCUUCCGGUGUUCACAGACCUCAAACUACCAGACAUAGGGAAACAGUUUUGGGUCAGAAUCACACACAUUCGCACCCCUAAUGAGGUGUUUCUGAGUUUGGUGGAGCCAGCAUUUUGUGAGCAGGAGGCUCUGGAGGAAACACUGGGCAAAGUGAACCAGGACAUUGAUUCUUUGCCUCUGCUGACUGAUUUCCCCAUAGAAGGUUCAUGUUUGGCUGAGUAUAGUGAUGGUAAACAUUAUCGUGCCAAGCUCCUGGGCUUUUCUCAAAUCAACCCCAGCAUCCAGCUUCUUGUGAGACACGUGGACUUUGGUUCAGAUGACAUCGUGCCACCAUGCAAACUGCGCUGUCUCCCUCAGUCACUCCUCCGUUUCCCAUGUGCGGCGGUGUGUGUUCAGCUGGUGGGAUUCAGGCCUCCGCAUCAGUGUCAGGAAGAAGAGCGCAUUCCCUAUCGGCCAGAGUGGAGCAUGAGGGCCAUGACGGAGAUGAUCGAUCUGCUGCAUGGCAAACUGCGUGCAGUGGUGACGACUGAAGAACCGAGGCCGACGGUGCUGCUGUACAAAGCAGAUGGAACGUUGGUGCACAUGCCUUUAGUGAAGAAAGGACUUGCUGAUUACGAGUGAUUGGACACAAAAAAGGAAAGUAACAGUUAAUGUUCAAAUUGUAAUAGAAGGACUGAGGAACUUGGUAAAAUAAUUUCUUUAGUAAUUUGUCAGCUUUGUGUUUUAAUUAGAUUAGGCUGCUGAUUAGCCAACAUGCAUGUGAAAGAAGAAGACUUAUGUUUGUGAUAUUCUUCCCUUGAGGUUUGGUAAUGUUUUAAGUUCAUGGUUUUGACUUUAUUUUUAAAGUUUGCUGAAGAAUUGUUAGCGUAACUGCUGUAUGUUAUGUUAAGUUCAGACUAUGUAAAAGCGUGUCUGUAAAAUCUUUACAGAACAAGUAAAUUCCUGAUGUUCUGA